GAAAUUGUAUAUAUGUAAAAUUUUUUAGUAUAUAUAUAGACGUUCUUUGGGUCAUUUUUGGGUGUUGGCGAUACUUUUCAAAAUCGCGCCAAGGCUGCACCGUAUACUAGGAUUUUACCAAUGAAAGUUUUGUUUCUCUAUAAUCAUCCACUUUGCAAUGCAAAGAAAUGUGAUCAUUAUUUAGCAUGUAUAAGCAAGUGUUAAGCACUAGCUAAAAAUUCUAUAAGAGUCAAAACUUUAUGUAAUAAUAAUAAUAAUGAAGCAUAUAUGAUGAAUUGCAUAUAUUAACACCAAAUUAUGUAAAUAUGCUUGAACGAGAAAUGAAAUUUCUCCCUAAUGUAACAAAUUGAAUUGAAGUGUCCCUGGAAAUAAAGCCAAUCUUAUGCAAUACAUUAGAUAAAUCUGGUGAACAAUAUGUAAUAAUAUUUAAUCCAGAUAACCUCACAUGUAUGAACUAAGUAUGAAGACAUUUAGUGUAAAGGAUAAUUGAAACAAGCAUAUGCUUAUUCACUCAGGAGAGAAAUCUAGUUUAUGUGAAGUAUUUAAGAAAUCAUUUAAUCAAAAAACUCAUUUUAACAUGGAUAUGUGUAUUCACACAGCAGAGAAACUUUAUAUAUGUGAAGUAUGCCAGAAAUCAUUUAAUCGAAAACAUAAUUUAAACGUGCAUAUGCGCAUUCACUCAGGGGAGAAACCUUAUAUGUGUGAAGUAUGUAAAAAGACGUUUAGUGAAAAGGGUAGUUUAAAGAAGCACAUGCUUAUUCAUACAGGAGAGAAACCUUAUAUGUGUGAAGUAUGUAAGAAGACAUUUAGAGAAAAGGGUAAUUUAAACCAGCAUAUGCGUAUUCACACUGGAGAAAAACAUUAUAUAUGUGAAGUAUGUAAGAAGACAUUUAAUGUAAAAAGUAAUUUAAAUAAGCAUCUGCUUAUUCACACAGGAGAGAAACCUUAUGUGUGUGAAGUAUGUAACAAGACGUUUAAUGGAAAGAGUAAAUUAAAUAGGCAUAUGCGUAUUCACACUGGAGAAAAACAUUAUAUAUGUGAAGUAUGUAAGAAGGCAUUUAAUUUAAAGAGUAAUUUAAAUAAGCAUCUGCUUAUUCACACAGGAGAGAAACCUCACAUGUGUGAAGUAUGUAAGAAGGCAUUUAUUGCAAAGGAUAGGUUAAACAAGCAUAUGCUUAUUCACAGAGGAGGAAAACCUCACAUGUGUGAAGUAUGUGAGAAGACAUUUGGUUUAAAGGGUAAUUUAAAUGUGCAUAUGCGUAUUCACACAGGAGAGACACCUUAUGUGUGUGAAGUAUGUAAGAAAUCAUUUAAAAGUAAAUCCGCUUUAAACGCGCAUAUGCAUCUACGCAAAAGAAAAAAAAAAAUUUGUAUAUGUGAAGUAUGUAAAAAAUCAUUUAAUCAAAAAAUUCAUUUAAACAGGCAUAUGCAUAUUCACACAGGAGAGAAACCUUAUAUGUGUGAUAUAUGUAAGAAGCUAUUUAGUCAAAAGCAUAGUUUAAACAGUCAUAUGCUCAUUCACACAGGAGAGAAACCGGCUUACAUGUGUGAAGUAUGUAAGAAAUCGUUUAGUGAAAAGCGUAGUUUAAACAGUCAUAUUCUUAUUCACACAGGAGAGAAACCGUAUAUGUGUGAAGUAUGUAAGAAGAAGUUUAGUCAAAAGGGUAAUUUAAACCAGCAUAUGCGUAUUCACACAGGUGAGAAACCUUAUAAGUGUGAAGUAUGUAAGAAGACUUUUAGUCAAAAGAAAAGUUUAAAAAAGCACUUGUUAGUCCACACUGGUCAGAAACCUUAUAUAUGUGAAGUAUGUAACAAGAUGUUUAGUGAAAAGUGUAAUUUAACCAAUCAUAUGCGUAUUCACACAGGAAAGAAACCUUAUAUAUGUGAAGUAUGUAAGAAAUCAUUUAAGCAAAAAGGUCAGUUAGAUAUGCAUAUGCGUAUUCACACAAUAUAGAAACCUUAUAUGUGUGAAGUAUCUAAGAAGAUGUUUAGUGAAAAGGGUAGUUUGAACAAGCAUAUGCUUUUCGACGUAGGAGAGAAGCCUUAUACAGUCAAAAGUCUUUAAUCAAGACUUCUGCGAUUCCGGAUUAUCGGUUUUUCCAGAUUAUAGAUCAUCAGUUUAAAUCUGGUAAGAUGGCAUGCAGAAAUUAUAAAAUUAAAAAUA